AUGCAUCGCGCGGAGAAGUCUUUCGGACAAUCGUUCCCUUGCUCUAUUCAAGGAAUGAUCCUGUUGUCCUAG